AUGGCCAAUGCCGCAUCUCCCUCUUCGAAGGAGUCUCCUAUUGUUCAUCGUGCGAUAGUCACCUAUGGUCGUCGUACGCAUGUUGUUGCCCCCGACACGUCCAUUACUAUUCCAAACAUCCCUCAUACACGCGUCAACCUCGAUCACAAAGGAUCUUUAGAGCGUGAAGACGACAUUUCUACGCCUCCUAGUACAUCUGACGCGCCUCUUUCUCCCCACCUCUUGGUGGCCGCUCGUGAAGAGGCGAGCGACGAUGGCGAAUCGAUGGCGCCCCACUUCCAGUUCUCAUGGAGGCAACGUAUGCAGGAUAUCGACGAUGAAUAUUCAGGGCAUCCGCUUAAUGGGAAGGCAUCUCUUGAAAGUGCUCAACUCGACGAGGCAAAUAAGUCUUCGCACCCUGGUACCCCCACUCUUGAAGCUACCGACGACGUAUUCGAUGGUCCCCUCCCCAUCUUGACGAGUUCUUCGCAGCCUGCCAACGACGGAAGAUCUCCCAUAUGGUCUCCUGCGCACCGACGUGUGGUUCCGCCUCGGCCACAUACACGUAAAUUGGCAGUCGUACGCGAUUCUGACUCCGAUGUAGACGCGGAAGCCGAUCACCCAUCUACUCCCCAUUCUUCUGCACAUCAAUAUAACAUCACUACACCACCUUCCCGUUCGUCACCAACGCCGCCGACAUCGUUGGGAGCACCUUUAGCAAGCGGUGGCCGUAAAGGGAAAGAGAGAGCGGUGGAGCUGUUUGCGUCGGACGAAGAGCUUAAUGCCUCUGACAAUGAGACCCGCAGUGUCAAACAGAAGGGUAAAGGUAAACAGAAGCAGAAACGUUUAAAGCGACCGACGAAAAAGGAGCGGGAAGAGACCCAGAAGACGACUGCCCGUAUCGUUGCCGAUCGUCCAGUAUCUCUUCCACGUGUCGAAAAUAAGAAGUUCGGCAUGAUGGAGUUCUUGGGCAAGCUCAAACUCAGAUACAACGCCCCGCCGAGCUCGCCUUCAGACCCCAUUCAAGCAUUCUCGUCAUCACCUUCAGUUGGAGUCGUAGCGCCGACAGAUGAUGCUCAUGAUGCGCCUACUCCAGCUGGCACUUAUCCUCCAGAGACCCCUGCCCCAUCCCCUUCAAGACAGUCUAGAGAAACCUUCACCUACUUGAGCCUCCUCGGACCUCAGUCUCCUGGUGCGGUUCAGACAGUUGCAGAUCAGUCUGGCAGCGAUGAGGAGAUGCCAGACGUGGGUAGCCUUCUUCAAGCAGACCACGCGAAACGGACCAAGGAAGAACAGCGGAAGCGACUCCAGCAGGAGAAGUUGCGCUUGGUAGAGCUACAGAAGAAGAGAGCGCGACCAGACGAAGGAGACGACAGUGAUCUCGAAGUGGUGCAGGAUGAUAUGAAAGUCGUCAUCGAAGAAGAGGCCAAGGGUAGGAGGGUGUUCAGCGCGCACAAACCUUCGGUCGGCAGGAAGAAACAGCUCACUCUCGCGCUGCGAAGCUCGAAAACUACUCCCCAUAAACGGGUCAUGAAGCAGUCUACCAAUGGGACAGCAAUGUUGGAAUUCGCGGCGGUUUCCGUUUUCACGAGGCCUGCGGACACCAGGGACCAUGGGACUAUUAGCAUGAGCCACACCGACGUAAGCAAGUUUCUGCUACAGAAUGCCAUCAAACAGGCGGAGGCAUUGCAGCGGGCGAAGGAGGAAGAAUGGGUGCGCAGGGGAGGAAGGCUAAAGGGCAGACCGGAAAGUGACGAGGAAGGCGUGGACACCAAUGCCAAAAUGCGCGCAAUUAUUUCGAAAGCCUGCUCUGAGGCACCGCGGGAAGAGGGAGAUGCGGACGGUGUCCAAGCGGACGACGAAAGUGGUGGUGCGGAGUCGGAUGGCGAGUAUCAUCCGGACGAUGAAUCGACCGAUGGAGCAGAUGCGGAAGAUGAGAACCAUGCUCCCAUGACGAUGUCUGAGUGGGGUGUAGAUUCCGACGAAGACUCAUCGCCCAAGCUGCCUCUUCAUGCACCACGUUUUCGGCGUGGACGCCCAUUGGCAACCCUAGUAUCCGACGACGAAGACGUCGAAGAUCAUGGCCAGUCCAGCCGAAUAGGUGGACGGUUGGCCCACGGCAGCCCCUUGGUUGGACUACUGUCGCCGCAACGACAACAGUUCGCACUGAACCACCGCGGGUCCCUGUCAUCAUUAGAAGACCGGACAGAAGACGGCACUGACAAGGAGAACGACGAGCGCUUGAUGUUCGACAGAGGGGAGGACAAGGAAAAUACGUCUAUAGUCAUACAACCGUCUUCCGUGCGACCGCAUGUCGGUCGUAUUCCCGGGUCCAUACUUGGCGACGUCGAUUUGUGGGGGCCGGACAGCGCGGAGCUUGGGGACUGUCGUCUUCCACUGAAGGAACUCCUUACGGAGGAUGAUCCCGAAGAUCCAUUUUUGUUUACGCCUUCACGUCCACCCGCACGACAACUCCUUUUCUCCGUGGACGCACGGAGCCCCGCUGAAUAUGAUGUCGUUGAUGAGUCGCAAUCUGGGUUUAGUAAGCUAUUUGAGGCGGGUUCAUUGAGAAGAGGUUCUCAGUCAUCCAGCAAUAUGAAGGGCGGCGGCUUGUCACAAUUCUUUAUCGGGACGGCUAGCAUUGACCGUUUGGGGGAGCCCAUGCCCACUGCCGGUCCUUCAUUGACUCUCGACGUUCAGCUGCAGCCCGCGCUUGAAGUCAAUGAGGGCCUCCGACGCAAGGCCGACAGUAUCUUCGACAAGGAGCAAGAAUAUCUGGCAGAGGCAUCCAACCAGAACCUCGAGCCUGAACCCAAGCUAUACGUAGACGAGAACGGCUUCCUCACUCAGACAAAGCCGAAAUCCAGUAUCCCACAGACUCACCAGUUGCCAUCACCGAGCCAGCUCGCAGCACCUUUCCGAGCCGUCCUCGGUGAGACAACUCUUUCGACUCUCAGCCGUUCGCGUGAUGGGCUGGAUUCGGAUGAGUUUGAGAUCCUGGCCGAGCACCCGAGUACGCGUCUCAUGAAGAGGCGUGAAUUACCACAUUCGCGUCGUUCGAGCCCUUCGCCAAGUCCCCAGAGGCCAAGGAUGGUGAACGCGUUUGAUCUGCUGCGGCGACGGCCUCGCUCUCCCACGCUUAAGGGACAUCGGAAACUGGGGCCAUCCGAAUUUAUCGAAGGGGAGGCAGAAGAGUCUGAUGAAGACGCAAUGCUGGGCUUUGGGGGCCAUCGCAGGAACGAUGACGAUGCCGAAGAGAGCGAUGACAACCAAGACCAGACCUUAGCUGAACUCGUCGAUGACACUGUCCUUGACAAAGACACAUUGGCGGAACAUGCUGUUCUGGAGAAAGUGAGAGAGCAUCAACAAGAGGAUGACCGCGCGCUCGAGAAAGUCCAUAUGGACGCCAUCGAGGGCAAAUAUAGGACUAAACGACGUGAUCGAGGUGUUGGUUUUGAUGGCAGCGAUUCCGACGACGACGAUGAGGCGAGGAGACUGCGACGGAACACUAUCAGUAAGAAACGCAAAAUCGACCGCGAUAGCCUUGAAGAGUUAGCGAGACAUCAGGAAACUCUAGCUUUCGUUGCGGCAUAUCAUGCUGAAGAAGAGGACGCCGAGGAUUUUGCCCAUAUGCAACACGAUGAGAUGACACUGGUCGAUGAGGACGGCCAAGACGACGAGAAUGCCCAAGAAGUCACUUCCUUUGCGCAAAUCUACAACACGAAUUGGGGCGAAGUCGAGGCAUUCGACAGCCGAAACAUCGCGUGGAUCGAACGCGACCACGAAGAUGAACUGAGCUUGAGAGUAAAGGAAGUUACCACCAACUCUAAAGCCGGCAUGAGUGCGCGUACAAACUGGGACGCUGCUUUAGCCGAGCGGCCACGAGGUGUUCGCGAAGACGAUGAACGCAAUCGUGCUCGAAUGCAGAGUUGGGCUCGAAGUGAGCGCACGUCACGAAACAGUGCUACAGGAUAUUCCACGGGUGGAUCUGUUGUUACCGGACACGGAAGAGCAAGGACAGGUGGGUCCGUCACUGGACAGCGCAGGGACACGAAGGGGUCCGAGGCAGCGAGCCAACCUGCCCGGUUGACGAAAGCAUCAAGUGCGCUGUCUGCUGUUCCCAGCAGACGCAGCAGGUUCGGUCCUUAG